CAACUCAUUAUCAUCGCCUUACAAUUGACCGAGCUGUGUUUUACAAAUUUGGGUACGCGCGUUUGUCAUCUCUGUUGGAUAUAUUUUCUUAUAAAUAUAGAUCGGUAAAAGAAAGCCAAAUUCAGCCUAGCCAUGGGGUGUUGUGAUUGCUUGGCCAGAUUCGGCCUUAUCUCAUUCAAUUUUAUUUUCAUGCUGUCGGGUAUCGCUGUGCUGACAGUUGGCGUGUGGGUAAAAGUGGACAAAGAUGUGGUGAACAUGCAGCACCUGGUGGAAUUUGACUCCAAUGACAAGGCCCUCACCACCGCCUCCACAGUCCUCGUAAUCUUCGGGGUGGGCGUGCUUCUCAUUGCCGCAUUUGGCUUCUUCGCCGCUUGCCUGCCAGAGAAGUGUAAGAUGGGUCAGAGGUUCUUCAGUGGAAUCUACAUAUUUUUCCUGAUCGUGGUGUUUAUCGGCGAGUUUGGGGGCGGAAUUACUGCCGCGGUCUUCAAAGGGAAGAUUGACAAAGAGUUGCCAAACAUUCUGAAAAAGUCUCUUGGACCAAACUACGUGGAAGGGAAUAACCUUGACGCCAAAGCCUGGAACUACAUCCAAGUUUGGCUGGGAUGUUGUGGCAGCAACAACGCCAAGGACUAUGUGGGGGCGAACUUUACAGAUCCCACACAAUAUGUGCCUAACUCGUGCUGUGUUUUAUCAAACCACGACGCGGAAAACCCGAAGCCUAAGGACUAUCCAAAAUGUCAAGAGGAUGCCCAUAAGGUCCAGACGAAUACUACAACCACCAAAGAUAGCAAGUAUCUACAAACAAAGGGAUGUUAUGACAAAUUCGAGCAGGAAAUUAAAAGUCACUUGGUCCUUCUGAUCGGCGUUGGAGUGGGCAUAGCUAUGCUGGAGCUUCUUGGGAUUGUGCUGGCCGUCUAUGUUUGCCGACGAAAAGAAGAUGAUGAUGAUGACUAUUAAUCAAACAUAACAAUAGCAAUACACGCUAAUAGAACUGAUUUAUUGAAUGUUAGACUAGAAAGUGAUAUGACCAUGCCAACAAUAUAUAUAUACAGUGAUGUGGUUCUUAUUUCGGCAUGUUUCACGAGUUUAAUAAACAUUUGAAGUUACUAUAACAUAGAGAUUAAUUGAAUAAAAUCGCAAACAGUU